AUGUUGCUAAAAGUAUUAGAGUAUUUCACAAAUAAGAGUCACCCAGAGUGUGCAGCAUUCUCUCCUGAUGGUCGUUAUCUAGCUAGUGGAUCAAUUGAUGGAUUUAUUGAAGUAUGGAAUUGGCAACUUGGUUGUCUAAAUAAAGAUCUUAAAUAUCAAAGAGAGAACAAUCUCAUGAUGCACGAGACAGCUGUGGUGGCGAUUGCAUUCAGUCGUGACAGCGAAGCCCUUGCCACAGGAAGCCAAACUGGACAACUAAAGGUUUGGUUAGUUGCUACUGGUCAAUGUAUAAAAAAGAUAGAUAAAGCUCAUGAUGCAGCUAUUGCCUCUAUUACAUUUAGCAAAGAUAGCACACAUAUACUUACGGGCUCCUUUGAUACAACUGCCAGGAUUCACGGUUUGAAGGCAGGGAAGACAUUAAAAGAAUUUAGAGGACAUUUAACUUUUGUUAAUUGUGCCUUAUAUUUACCAGAUAAUAUUCGUAUUAUUACAGGGAGUGCUGACGGGAAGAUAAAGAUAUGGGACUCUAAGACACAAGAUUGUUUAUCUACUUUUACUCCUCCUGUUCCUCCGCAUAUGCAAGCAGCGCAGUGUUUACCAUCUGUUAUGGCUAUUAUUCUUGCACCAAGGGGUUUGGAGGAGGGGUUUGUGUGUAUAUAUAUGCAGAAUGUUGGUAAUGAUUUAA